AUGCACCCGGACCAGAAAAAAACGUUCAAAGAGAAAAAUGAGAUUCGCAACAAAUUGUUCAAGUCAACAAAUGCAGAAAGACAGGAUUGGCGGAAAAUGAAAGACGAGAAAAAGCGAAAAAACGAGGAGAAAGUCAUUCGAGAGGCGGAGGAAGCUAAGAAAGCGAAAAUCGAGAAAGUUGAUCACACGCCACCCUUCACGAUUUCCAUCGCCGUGCCCGGACAAUUCCUGAAUAAUGCUCAAUCCAGUGAACUCCGCACUUAUAUGGCCGGACAAAUCGCUCGCGCCGCCACACUUUAUCGAGUCGACGAGAUUAUCAUCUAUGAUGAGUCGUGUCGAAUGACUGAUGAAGCCGUCAAUGCCUACUACAAUGGAACGUGGCAAGGAAACCUGCUCCCAGCUGAAAACAACUACGAAGGAUGCUUCUACCUCGCUAAAAUUCUCGAAUAUCUCGAAUGCCCGCAAUACCUUCGGAAAGAUCUCUUUCCAAUCCAAAAACCACUAAAAUACGCGGGUCUUCUGAAUCCACUCGACGCUCAACAUCAUCUGAAGUAUGAUGAGAAGACAUUCCGAUUCCGUGAGGGUGUCGUGUUGAAGAAACGAUCGAAAGAGGGACGUGGACCGAUUUGUAGUAUUGGAUUGGAUAAAGAGUUCGAGAUUGAUUCGGAUGCUGUCUCUCUGCCACCGUAUACUCGGGUUACUGUAGAGAUUAAGAAUUUGACUGAGCAAUGCAAAUUGUAUCGUGGAAGUAUAACGAAUGGAGCUGCGGUGACGAGAGAAACCGGACAGUAUUGGGGAUAUUCAGUGAGAUUGUUGACUGGAUUGCAGAAGGUUUUGGAAGGAAAGAAGUUCGACAUGGUCGCCGGUGUGUCUCCACGUGGAAAGCUCGCCACUGAGAUGAACGUCUGUAUUCUGAAUAAACCUAAAAUCCUGCUCGUGUUCGGAGGUGUCGCUGGUGUGGACGCCGCUGUGGAAUCAGAAGAACUCGCCGAGUGGCGUCGUGCUGAGGACGCAUUCGAUAUGCUUAUCAGAACUACGUCACUGCCAAAUGGAUCACGCAGUGAGAGAGUCGAAGAGAAUGUUUUGUCAGUGUUGGCACAGGUUCAAUGUCGUUUGGAGACUUUGAAUCAGUUGUGA